GAAUGUUGUAGUGUGGUAGGCUGGGCUGUUUCCACAGUAGGACCGGUGCAGCUCUGCCUACUGCAGCCGCGGGAGGUUACUUCCGUUCCGCAGAGGGCGACAGGCAACAGCCAGCCUCGACUGUGGCGGAGGUCCAGACACAAUAGACGGGGUUGCGGUUCUUCUUCAAUCCAAACCGGAAUGUCGGAUGAGGAUUCCCGUGCCAGCACCAGCUCUUCCUCAUCACCACCUUCCUCCAGCCAAAGCAGACAUCGGGACACGCAGGGCAAGAAGAAACGGGAGACUAAAGCCAGCAUGAGCAAGACCUCCAAGCUGCUUUCCACCAGCGCCAAAAGGAUUCAGAAAGAGCUGGCGGAUAUUACACUGGACCCUCCACCAAACUGCAGUGCUGGUCCAAAAGGAGACAACAUCUACGAGUGGCGAUCAACCAUCCUGGGACCACCAGGCUCUGUGUAUGAGGGAGGGGUCUUCUUUCUGGACAUCGCCUUCACACCGGACUACCCAUUCAAACCCCCAAAGGUCACGUUCCGUACGAGGAUCUAUCACUGCAACAUCAACAGCCAGGGGGUGAUCUGCCUGGACAUCCUGAAGGACAACUGGAGCCCCGCCCUCACCAUCUCCAAGGUGCUGCUGUCCAUCUGCUCCCUGCUCACAGACUGUAACCCAGCUGAUCCUCUGGUGGGAAGCAUCGCCACUCAGUACACGACUAACAGAGCCGAACAUGACCGAACAGCCAAACAGUGGACAAAACGAUACGCCACAUAAACCCACAGGACACCAGUGGGAGGAAGAGGACGAAGAAGAAGAAGAGGAGGAGGAGGAAGAGGAGGCUCGGGGUGGGGGGUGAUCUGUGUUGUUUGUGACAGGGGUUAUUUUUAUCUCAUAUUUUUAGUACUUUGUCGGCUAUAAUUUUUGUUUCCUGGUUAAGUUAUCUCUGUGAACAUGCUAAUAAAGGAAAACGAUGUACCAACUCA